AUGGCAACUAAAUUGGCACCCUCUAGUGACAGCGAGCGCUUACGCGCAAAGUGCGAUGCGGCGUUGAAGGAAGAGCGCAAGACAAAGCUCAUACUGAACACUUUGCAGAAGAAUAUGAAGAAGUUGCGACGCCGUUACACUACUCUUGACGAGAAGACUGGUACCGAUAAGAUUGAAACAGCCGAUGCGUUCCUGGCCUUUGCGAAGAAUGACUGCAUUGAGUUCUGCACCAAAGUCCACAAGGCGUUCCCUCGCGAGAUUCGAGAUACCAUCUACGGCUACGUCACUGGCUUCGAAGACGUCUAUAUCACUUGUCAUCCUAAGGGCAAAGCACACGGAAGGAUGAAGAAAGUCAAGCACGUCUCCCGCCUGCAGGAAUCUGAACUUUACAUGGUCCGAGAGAUCAGGCAGAACUAUUAUCGCUCUUCCUGCUUUCUGUUCGAGCACGACAUCACCGACAUUGGCCGGUUUCGCGUGACAGACCAAUUCGAUUUCGGCUUCUUACCAGUGGAAUUCGUCACCAAGGUGCAGAUUGUAAUCGAGUGCCACGACUGUAAAUUCGAGCUUGUCGAUCAUGAAGGCACCGACAAUUCUGUUCACGGCAGUCCGAAUCGAACGUCAGAUUGGGGCAUGGAUUCGAUAUUUGAACGCAGCAGGCACACUCAAGAACAUCUACUUGUCGAACUAGAGUCGCUCUUCGGUUUCAGAUCUGGCACUGCGAUUGACAUCAAACUGUCGUCAGGUUCCGGUAGAAAGGCUACUGCGCUCGAAGAGCAGGAAUGGAUGUCACACAACGUAGUCCCCGUCAUUUUCCCUGUUCUCCAGCGACUCAACGAUGCCGGUUGCCGGGUUCGCAUACUUCUUUCCAGUCAAGGACGGUGGAGACCAACCACUUUUGCUUCGAGUUGGAACCCGGUGUCUCUUGAGGCUUUUACGGCAGAUUUCUGGAGGUAUGUCAACCACGAACAGAAAUGCAUAGUACAGGCUGAGCUUGACGCGGAGUCCGACGAAGGUCUCGACUUUGGCACAGAUUUGGAUACUACCGGCGAUCAAUCGGCAUGGCUUUAA